AUGCCUUGCAAGACCAACGAAGACUGUGGAGACGAAGAGUUUUGCGAUGAAGCCGUUAAUUACGACAAAUCUAGCAGCGCUAAUGUUGAAAAAAUGACAAGCUUUCUUCCGAAAAUGUGCUUUCCAGCGCCGCGAUGCGCAGGUAAAGCAGCUAAGGAACCUGGUGGCAUCGGCAUAAAAACGUGCAAGCAGUCAUCCGAUUGUGGUGCAACUGAAUUCUGUGAUAUUCAGUCGAACGCAGACAAUCCAGUUGCCGCAUUCAACAAUUUAGGAGUUUGUUGUCAGUAUGAUUGUACUGAGGAAGGAUCGUCGGCAAUAGACGCUGCCAACGCAACGAGGAAAUUGUAUGCACGACUAGCGGCGGAUUCAGUGCAGUGCAACAAUGACAACGAUUGCAACACAGGUGACGAACGCGGUAAAUGUAUCACAGCGAAAGACAAAGGAACACCAAUAGCUCCUUUAGAAAAGGGAAAACCACUUAAGCUCUGUUGCCUUUACCCAAGGCGUAUGCAGGAAGACUUGUACAGGUGCUUAGGUGGUGAUCCAGCUUACGAUACCGCAGGGGAGGUAAUAAAAUGUGAAGCAGAUAAGGACUGCAACAAAGUUGCGGGCCAACCACUGUCGGAUCAAUCCACAUGGGAUUUUGAAUGUGUGACGGCGGGCGGACCUGGCGACGGUUUUUGCUGCCCUGGUGAGCGGCAUUGUUGA